GGAAUAGGUGGAUACAUCCACCGAGGUUAAGAACCGUGGUUUCUCCGGCAGUGCGUCUUUGUGCGUGGGUCUUCUUUUCUCUGGAGGAUGCUUCGAGGACCAGGCUUGGGAGAAAAGGGGUUAAGUCAGACCCUGACUUUCUCCGCGCAACGUGCCCAGUUUUGUCUGUUAAAGUUAACGUCGCCCAGCAGGAGCCAGCCAAUGGGCAGCCGGGAGGGCCCGGGACGGCCCAGUGAAGGGGCGUGGCCUGAGGCUGUCACUCAGCGGUGAGGAAUGACACCCGAGAGGGAGGGGGGGUACGGUGGAACGCUGGGGAAGGAAAGAGAGAAGAAACAGAUAAAACCAGGGCAGGGGGUAAAAAGGUGCCCCGCGCCUCUCGGAAUCCAGCGGUCGCCGCCGCCGCCGCCGCCGCCGCCGCAGCUGGGGUGGGCUCCGGAAGAGCCGGCCCAGCAGGGAAGGGAGAAGACUAGCCAGGAGCGAAAUCUUGCAGGCGGGGAAGAGAGGCGUAAAGAAAAAGUGACUCCGGUCGUGCGCCUCGGAGGCGCUUAAGAGGGGACUGCGGACGCGGAGGGGCCCCCGCCGGUCCUCCCCCCACGUCCUCAGAGAGGGCAGACCCCGGCCCGCCCCUCAGGGCGCGAGGCGAUGAGAUAAUCCAGCUGAGCUGCGAAACGAGAGCGUCUGGCGCUGGAUUGGGAGGGAGGGGGUCUCCGGGCGGGAAGGGCCUCGGAAGUGGGGGUGAGGGUCGGCGCUGAUCCCGGGCCAGAGCGGGGCGGGGGCUACUGGACGCACAGGAGUGGGCUGCAGGACCCUCACGCGCGGGGCUCAAUCACGCUGCGGCGGCCCGCGCGCUCCGUCCAGCUCCGAGCUGCCCCGCGCCCCAGCCGCCCGCCCGGCGGGCCGCUCCGGCCCGCGGCGCAGAUGGCUGUGCGCGGCACCAACACCUUGACGCCCUUCUCCAUCCAGGCGAUCCUCAACAAGAAAGAGGAGCGCGGCGGGCUGCCCGCGCUGGAGGGGCGCCCGGUACCCGGGGGCACAGCGGUAGCAGUGGCUGCGGCGCCCGCUGUCUGCUGCUGGCGGCUCUUUGGGGAGACAGACGCGGGCGCGCUGGGGGGCGCCGAGGACUCUCUGCUGGCGUCGCCUGCUGGGACCAGAACGGCUGCCGGGCGGACCGCGGAAAGCCCGGGCGGCUGGGAUUCGGACUCGGUGCUGAGCGAGGAGAACGAGGGCGGGCGGCGCUGCGCUGACGCGCCGCGGGCCAGCGGGGCCAGCCGUGCGGGGGGGACCCUGGGCCACGGCCAGCCGGUCUGCGAGCUGCCCGCGGCCAAGGACCUGGAGGAGGAAGCCGCAGGCCGGAGCGACAGCGAGAUGUCCGCCAGCGUCUCAGGAGACCGCAGCCCGAGGGCGGAGGACGACGGCGUUGGCCCAGCAGGCGCACGCGUGCCGGCACUGUGCAGCCGGGCCGGCAGCGUCGGCGGCGUCGGGCCGGCGGGCGGCGCGGAGGAAGAGGAGGAGGAGCCGGUGGCGCCUAAGCCACGCAAGAAGCGCUCGCGGGCGGCCUUCUCCCACGCCCAGGUCUUCGAGCUGGAGCGCCGUUUCAACCACCAGCGUUACCUGUCUGGGCCAGAGCGCGCCGACCUGGCCGCGUCGCUGAAGCUCACCGAGACGCAGGUGAAGAUCUGGUUCCAGAACCGUCGCUACAAAACCAAGCGCCGGCAGAUGGCCGCCGACCUGCUGGCUUCCGCGCCCGCAGCCAAGAAAGUGGCGGUGAAGGUGCUGGUGCGCGACGACCAGAGACAGUACCUGCCCGGCGAGGUGCUGCGGCCUCCCUCACUGCUUCCACUGCAACCCUCCUACUAUUACCCUUACUACUGCCUCCCUGGCUGGGCACUCUCCACUUGCGCGGCCGCCGCGGGCACCCAGUGAGCAGGCCUGGGGCAAGGCAGCGAAUGAUCCCCGCGCCCCAGCUCCAGACGGCCGCCGAUGGCUGUGCGGGUUGUGUCCGGUACUGGGGCGCCCCGCCGAGGGAGCAAGUGGAGGAUGAAAUCCAGCCCUGGCUCUGCGGUCCAGGACGUGAGCCCUGGCUGCGGGACUGAGUCUGCCCGGAGGGGGCGCCUUUUUCUAAUUUGAACAGAGGCAUUCUAUGGCCUAGGGGCUCUGCCGCCCCUCACCUGCCUGGAAGCCUUUAGCCAUUAUUUAUUAUCACCACAACGUUGGAUUUGGAUUGUGUCUGCCUGGGGAUGGCGUUUCCCCGGAGUGGAGAGAACUCCUGGAGACCACAUAGCCUGAAUCCCCAGAAUUUCAGGCCUGCUGGGAGCUUCGUGCGCUAGGCCACACUAGUUCAUGGUAUCCAUGCUACCAAUCUAUGUGUAUCUACAUAUCUAUUAUUUUGGGAAAUUGCAUUUGUAACAAAGGGGUGUGAAACCCUGGCAGACCAAAGUCCCCAGGCCAGGGAUUGAUUUGAACCGUGAAGGGUUUGGUUUUUGGGCCCUCUGUCCCACCCCUCCCUGCUGUCAGAGCUCGGGUGGGGGUGCCCUACUAGGUGCUGAAUGUAAGGAAAGGAGCCUCUGAGUGCAGGGCACCCCUCCCCCCUUCGCACGCGCAUCUUUCCUUUCUGAGGUCCAGGACGGCAACCAACUGGGGAGCCCCUGGGAGCCCCCCAACCAGGAGAGAGCAAACCCGGCAGCCCGCCGCAGAAAUUUUCCUUUAUUUCUUUUUAUUUUUUAAAGGAGGUUAAAACUUGUAGCACUUUUCAGUUGUUUGUAUUCAAAUGACGGUUAUUUUUGUAUUCAAUGUGAAUAUGCCUGACCACCCUUUCCGUGGUGUCCUCCGCAGUUCGGCCGCCGGCCCUUCGUCUCUUCUGUCCACUGUCCGCGACUCCUGCGUCCUGACCCAGGACUCUUCCAUCCCUGUCCUUGCCCCUAAGACAGGUGAUCCUGUCAACCUCAUGUCAACCUCGCAGCUUUUCGCCUCCUUAAGGGCACUGUGCACUCAACUAGAGUAUUAACUUUAAAAAGAUUUGUGAAGUUUGGAAGCUCUAUUCGCUGUAUUUUCCCCUCCUUUUAAUUUAUAAACUUUUAGUUUAACAUGCCCUCCUGGACGCCUUCUUUUUCUCUGAGCCUCUCUCCCUCCGUCCGGCUUUGGGGAAACCAAUAACAUGGAAAAAUCGGGGGCUUAUUUUCCCAGCCUCUUUUCAAUCCUGAACCCAGGACGCCUCGCCCCUCCCGGGAGGAGCCCACCCUGUAGGAAGCGUGUAAACCUGCGCAGCUCAGGGAAUCGCCAUUCGGGGCCUUUGCGGGAGCCACAGAUGAAUCCCACUAAAUCAGGCGCGAAUAUCUUGGAUUCCCGUUUUUCUCGUGGGCAUUGGUUUCAGAGCCUAGGAAGCGUCCAUAGUUGAACCCGCAGACAACUCCCUCACCCUAACCUGCUGACCCCUCCACCUCCCGCCUCCUCUAUGCUUUCGAUUUUCCGAGCGUUUCUCCGAGGUAUUCCGUUUUAAAUUUCGUUAUGAGUAUAGGAUAGCAAAAACUCUCGCUGAAAUUCUUAAACGAUUUAGGGGAGAAGGAGGCGAGAACAAGGUGUUUCCCAGGGAGGGUUACCUGCGCCUUGACUCCUGCCCGGUGCAAAUGGCGCUCUCACUCCUCUUUGACUUGGCGUCAUUUGAUCCACACAGAUGCCCAAGGUGAGAGCAGAGGAUGGUCAUGGCGAGGGUUAGUUAUUACCCCAUUUUACAGAUGAACACGCCCCGCCGCUGUUCCGAGAUUUCCCAGAAUGCCAAGACACCCGAGUGAAACGCUCUCCGCUACACUCGGUUCACGCCGGCUGGGACCGGGAGAAAAAGGAAGGGUAAACGCCACAUUGCAGGCGCUGAGGCCCCCAGUGCACCGCCCGAGCUGGGAAACGCAGAACC